UUAAAGAGACGUAGCCCCGGAAUCUGCAGCCGUGUGACUCCCGGCUUUGCUCACCGUUCCUCCGGCGCCAAAACCAGCCUGCCUGUGCACCAGCUCGGUUCCUGACGGGGCGAGGAUGCGGACUUCUCUGGCCGUGUGCUGCUGCGUCUUUGCACUGCAUUGCCUGCAGAGCACACUUUGUCUUCCAAUGCGGGGAUCCAGCAGGUACAAAGCACCGUUGUCUGAAAAGUUCCCCGACCUGAAGAAGAGGGGGAAGCUUUCUCACACUCAGGACUUUGUAAAGGAGACAAGUUUGCAGACCAACACCUCAAACACAUGGAACCGACCACGCUGUGGAGUACCGGACUACCCCGCCCAUAAGGAGGUGCAUUAUCGGGGGCGACAGAGACGCUUCGUCCUGUACGGAGGACGUUUAGAGAAGACAGACCUCACCUACAGGAUAGUUCGGUUUCCCUGGCAGAUAGACGAGGAGAAGGUUCGACGUGUCUUUCGGGAAGCGCUGAAAAUCUGGAGUGACGUCACCCCGCUCACCUUCACCGAGAUCCACAGUGGGAAGGCCGACAUCCGGAUCGACUUCACAAGGUACUGGCAUGGAGACAACCUUCCCUUCGAUGGCCCGGGUGGGAUUCUCGCUCACGCAUUUUUCCCCAAAACCCACCGACAAGGUGACAUUCACUUCGACUAUGACGAGUCCUGGACCCUUGGAAACCACAUGGGCACAGACCUUCUCCAGGUUGCCGCCCAUGAGUUCGGGCACGUCCUUGGCCUGCAGCACUCUCGUGAGCCUGGGGCCAUCAUGUCCGCAUACUACACCUUCUCCUACCCUCUGAGGCUGAGCGAGGAUGACAAGCGGGGCAUCCAGUACCUGUAUGGAGCUCAACCACAGGUCCUGCCCUCACCGCCACCCCCCCCUCCACCUCCAUCCAACCCCGAGACUAACGAGAUCGUCGCUAAUCCCGACGUCUGCCAGACGGACUUUGAUGCCGUGUCUAUGAUCCGAGGGGAGCUGUUCUUCUUCAAGUCGGGCUACGUGUGGCGGAUCAGGGACGGGCAUCUGGAAAGCGGUUACCCAGCGCUGGCGUCCCGUCACUGGAGGGGGAUUCCCAACAACAUCGAUGCCGCCUUUGAAGACAAGUCAGGGAAUAUUUGGUUCUUUCAAGGUGAGAAUUACUGGGUGUUCGAUGCCGAGAUGCAGAUCCGAGGGCCGGAGUCCAUCAGGAGUUUGGGUCUGUCGGUGUCUGGGAUCCAGGCGGCGCUGCGUUGGGGCCACGAUUCCAACUACAACACCUACUUCUUCAAGUCAGGUAGCUACUGGAGGUUCAGCCCCCGAGAGCAGAGGGUGGAGUCCGUCUACCCGCACAGCAUGAAGGACUGGAGCGGCAUCCCUGACGAGGUGGAUGCCACAUUCAGGGACGUCUACGGCUACGCUCACUUUGUCCGAGGUCGACAGUACUGGAAGUUCGAUCCCGUUGGCAUGAACUCUUUGGAGGGCUAUCCCCGCUACAUCGGCAUGGACUUCUUCGGAUGUAGAAACAUUUGAGCUAGAACAAGAGCCAGAUUUAUGACUAUGAAGAGGAGUUCUUGAAGCAAUGACGUUUGUGUGCUCAUCCUGCGGUUUCCAGAAGGAUGGCAAUAUCCGUUUACGCUUUCCUCCAUUUAUUACACCUUCUUCUCAGGAAAACCAAGUCAUGUUUCCUCAGACUUAGCACCUCCUGUGCAGCUAUACUCAUAUUUAUUUUUGCACAUUUUUGUCACCAUACAGCUGAGGUCUGGGCCCUGUAUUAACAAUGUGAUGCUGCAUCGCUCUCACUUCCUGUCUUUGAGCCUGAGAUGUUCGACUGAUUGUAGUUUUCAGAAACUGUAAAGGAUAUUUUCCAUUACAUCUAUUCUGUAGUGUUACUUCCAUUAGGAGCAAAGCACUGUAGUUUCAAAAACGAUGUAAAGAGGAAAAAAAAAUCAAUGUGCCAAAACACAUGCAAAUGAAGAAACCUGUUCUUCACCAGCUUAAAGAAACAUGCACAGUGUUCACACACAUUUUGGAUAAACUAAACGCUGCAAAUAAAAUAAAAGCGCAAGAAAUUAGCUCAAAACACAACACAAACAGGGACACUAAAAAGUGAUGCACACAGCUGUGAAGGUGACCGUGUCACCUGCGUCAUUGCUGAUGUGUUUCGCCAACAACAACAACCGAGUGUUUCGAGCCAGGUCCCGUUAUCUCGCAGGACAGUGCACCCAGCAGGAGCCUCCAGCUAGAUUUGAUCGAUAUGGACAUAAACGCGAGUGAAGUCUAAUCGGACAGGAGAGAGAGAUCAGAGAUCAGCUGCUGCUGAUGGAGACACGUGGGAGAGGGGGAGGAAAAG